CUCCCCCGGCCUCCGGGAGCCGGGAACUUACUUCAUUUCCCUGGGCGGGCUCGCCCCCGCCCCUCCCCUCCGGGGCACCCCCUCUUCGGGGAAAGGCCGGGGCGGCCGCAGACACCUGGGGGCCAGGGGGGGUGGAGAGGAGGAACCCGGGUGUGUGUGUGCGGGGGGGUGCUCUGCAGCCACCGGGCCCCACGACACGUGAGGCUCAUGUGACGGAGCCGGGGGGGCGGGCACUCCCCCCGGGCCAGACGUGCCUGGAGUCACAGGGCGGAACGCGGCGCCGCCGCCCACCGCGCCCCAUUUAACCCAGCCCGCAGCCCCGCCGCCGGCCCGCGCCCGGAGAGCAGCCCAACCCGGAGCGCACCAGCCCGGAGAACAGCCCAGCCCGGCUGGAGAGCAACCCAGCCCGGAGCGCACCAGCCCGGCCCGAGAGCCACCCAGCCCGGCCGGAGAGCAGCCUAGCCCCGGAGCGCACCAACCCGGCCGGACAGCUGCCCGGCCCGGAGCGCACCAACGCGAAGCGCAGCCCCAGCCCGCCCGGAGAGCUCCAGCCCGGCCCAGACACAGCCUCCCCGCCCGGAGCGCACCAGCCUUCCCGCGAGCCAGGGCCGCAGCACCCCGCCAUGGAGCGCGUCCCCAGCGCGCAGCCCCCAGCCCGCCUGCCCCCCGCGGCACCCGCGCUGGAGCCGUCCGACUUGCAGGGGAUGGACUUGGCGCACAUGUACCAGGUGUACAAGUCCCGGCGGGGGCUCAAACGCGGCGAGGACAGCAAGCAGGAGACGUACAAACUACCGCACCGGCUCAUAGAGAAGAAGAGACGUGACCGGAUAAACGAGUGCAUCGCGCAGCUCAAGGACCUGCUCCCGGAGCACCUCAAACUUACAACUUUGGGCCACUUGGAGAAAGCUGUGGUCCUGGAGCUGACCCUGAAGCACGUGAAGGCGCUCACCAGCCUGAUCGAACAGCAGCAGCAGAAGAUCUUAGCCCUGCAGAGCGGUUUACAGACCGGUGAGCUGUCGGGCAGAGCCCAGGAGGCGGGCCAGGAGAUGUUCUGCUCAGGCUUCCAAACCUGUGCCCGCGAGGUGCUGCAGUACCUGGCCAAGCACGAGCACCCUCGGGACCUCAAGUCCUCACAGCUGGUGGCGCACCUACACCGGGCGGCCUCGGAACUGCUGCAGGGCGCCUCCUCCAGGAAGCCCUCUGAGACCGCCCCCGAGGACUUCAAGGAGCAACCUCCCGGCUCUGGGAAGAACUGCGUGCCUGUGAUCCGCCGGACAUUCGGGGCAUCCGGUGGGGAGCAGAGCGGCAGCGACACGGAUACGGACAGUGGCUACGGUGGGGAGUCGGAGAAGGGGGACCCACGGGGGGAGCCGCCCCAUUUUAAGCUGCCGGGUGCCAUCAAGCAGGAGUGUGAAGAGCCACCGCCCCCCAAGAAGAGCCGGCUGCGGCUACUUCCAGAGGACGAGGUCCUGUACCCCGGCAUGGAGCUGGGGGGCUCCCCGUUCCUGGGCCCGCACCCCCACCAACCCCCCUUCUGCCUUCCCUUCUGUCUCCUGCCGCCAUCGGCCACCGCCUGCUGGCCCAUGCUGGACAAGUACUGGUACCCCGCCUCUGUGCCCCUGCUGUACCCCGGCCUCGGCAGCUUCGUGAACCCCGAGAAGCUUCCAACGCCCCUGCUCACGGUGCCCCAAAGACUCCCAUCGCCCCUGCCGGGACACCCCACCGCCCUGGACUCCUCCGCCUUGCUCCAGGCCCUCAAGCAGGUGCCCCCCUUAAACCUGGAAACCAAAGACUAGACUCCAGAGGUGUGGGGGGACUGGCUUCCAGCACCGCCCCCCCCCACUUCUAGAGGGACGGAAUCAGAAAGGACAUCGCCAUGUGUGCGAAGGCAGGUGUGUUGGCACCUGAGCUCCAUGGCAUGGCAGGGACUUGGGGAAGCUGGUCACAGGCUCCACCCUGGGACACCCCCCCCACACCCACACACACACACACACACACACGCCUCCCGGUGACACAGUAUCAGCCGGGCUGAGUCAGUCUGCAGCGUCGGGGAGCUGGGCCUGGGGCCCUGGACACGAGGGACUUCUAAACUCGGGUUCGAGGGCCCUGCCCACAUGCCCUGCCCUGUCCGCUUUCCUGGGGGCUGUGACUCACCCGCAGCUGUUGCUGGGCUCUGAGCUGCCCGGCUCUGGGUAGUCGGGAGGUUCCCACGGCCCUGCCCCGCACGCUGCGGAGAGUCCAGUCCUUUCCUGGGGCUCUCUCUGAUGGCCCAGCACCCUGGCUUCCAGGGGGCUGGACCUGCCUUCCUGUGCCAACUCGCUGAAAGAGAAAGAGAGAGGAGGGUAGUGGGCAGCCUCAGUGCAAACCCUCAGCUUCCACAGGCAGAGCUGGGCUUCUUGUGGGGGUCCCUCCGGGAGCCCCCUUCCAUAGCUUAGUCACUUCCAGGCCUACCCGGCAUCCAGCACACAGCACCCACACUCUUCCUGCAGACAGAAUGCCGUCACUGUAGAGGAAGCCGCUUCCUCCAGACCGGUUUUAUUUGACAGUCACUUUCCGAGGCUCACACCCAGCACCCUGCUUCUCAGUCCCUGCAGCCACUCUCCCCCAUUUUUAUUUUGCUAUAAAGUUGCUGCCUUUAUUUGUAUUAAAAAGAAAGUAUGGUUAUAAAUAUAUAUAUUAUAUAAAUAUAUUGAAAAACAAAAGAGGAAA